ACGGAGAAUAGGGAAGUAGCACUGUGAAUGAGAGGUCCAGCAGACUCUUUUUAAACUACACUAAUUCUUCAGAAGGAAAAUGAAGUCUGCACUGUAUUUGUGUUUGCUUCUUGUUGGACUUCAAGUCCAGGCUCUUCCUAAACCCAACCAGAGCAACAAACAUAAACAUAAGAAAGAGAAACCUCAUUCCCUAGGAGACCAUUCACACGUGGAACGUGAAAACUCAGCUCACGUGAAGAUAGCCUUCAGCAAUGCUGAAUUUGCAUUUAGGUUUUAUAAGCAGAUCACAGAAGAGGGAGGUAACAAGAAUAUUUUCUUCUCUCCCUUAGCCUUUGCAAUGCUCUCCCUGGGGGCCAGAUCAAACACACUCAACCAGCUGCACAAAUGCCUCACCUUCAACCUGACAGAGAUGGAAGAGCAGGAGAUCCAUGAGGGCUUCCAGCAUCUCCUCCAGCUGCUGAAUGACCCUCACAGAGAGAUUCAAUUGAACAUGGGCAAUACUCUGUUCAUAGAUGAGAGACUGAAACUGCAAAAAAAAUUUUUGGAUGAUGUUACAAAUUUUUAUUAUUCGGAAGCUGUUUCUAUGGAUUUCCAAAAUUCUGAACAUGCUAGAGAGGAAAUCAAUAACUACAUAAAAGCUAAGACCCAUGGUAAAUUUGUAGACUUACUGAACAGUCUUGAUGAAGAUGUUAUGAUGAUUCUGACUAACUACGUUUACUUUAAAGGUUACUGGGAAGAACCUUUUGAAAGUUACGACACCAGAGAUGAUGACUUCUUUGUGGAUGCAGAGCAUUCUGUUAAGGAAAUGAUGUUUAAAAAUACAUACUAUAAUAUCCAUAGGGAUGAGAAGCUGUCUUGCUGGAUAGUAGAAAUACCAUACACAGGAAAUGCUGCUGCUCUUUUUGUUCUGCCUGAUGAAGGGAGUAUGAACCAGGUAGAAGAUGCUCUGCUACAAGAUACAGUGUCUAAUUGGAGCCAAUCACUUGAAGGAAGAAGUGUCGACCUGUAUCUUCCAAAAUUGUCCAUCUCUGGCUCCUAUGAUGUCAAGAGAUUGUUUUUGAAAAUGGGUGUGACGGACAUGUUCAGUAAUGAUGCUGAUUUCUCUGGAGUUGCAAAAAAUACCCUCUUGAAAGUUUCCAGGGCAAUUCACAAGGCCAAACUGAAUAUUAAUGAGAAUGGCACAGAGGCUGCUGCAGUGACCAUGGUAGAAAUGAAGGUUUUCUCUGCAAUGUUUAGUCCUCUUGAAAUCAAAUUCAACAGACCCUUUGUGAUGAUGAUUUUUGACAAAAUCACCAACAGUAUCCUCUUCAUGGGGAAAGUUGUGAACCCAGCUGCCACAGAAGACUAGUCCAGAGCACCUGUACUCCACAACAAAGCAGAGCUUGUAC